AUCAGCAGAGUGGUGUCUGUUUGAAACUGUUUUCUGCGGUCGGUUUGUUAGGUUCAGAAGUGAAGGCGUCCCUUCAGCGUGCGUAAUAAAUGGUUCCGUUAGCCGAGGUCGGAUUUACGUGCUGAAGUGGAUGAAGAGUUUUGUGAAGAAAAGCGAAAAAAAAGGUUCCGGAAUUUAAAACAAAUAAAUAAAUAAAAAUCUUUUACUCACAUAAAAGUAAAACGGACAGAAAGAAACGGAUACUAAGGGAUUUUAAGUUUAAAAUGUUUGUUUUUAUUUAUUAUGUACUGAAAAAAAUUUAAGCGAUUGAUUUAAAAAAUUCAAAUUUUUGGGAGAACUAUUUUUUUUAUUAUUAUUGUUAUUACAUUAACAAUUUAUUUGGGAGUUUGCUGUAUUUCAUUACCAUGGCUGAGGGAGUAUUCGGUGGGUUUAAUAACUCGCUUUUAAACGGUAACAACUUGAAUUACAACAAUACCAACACACGGGGUAAGAAAUUACUCAAUCCUGCACCGGCCCUUAAUCUAAGGAGAAAAACUAGACAGCAACAACUGGGCAGAAACAUCCACAGCCGGGUUACGUUGGAGAGGGUCCUUGGUGUAACUGCAUUAAGUGGCAGUGGGCUAGCAUGUGAUUCCACUACCGGGCUGGUAGCAUACCCCGCAGGAUGUGUGGUGGUGCUUUUAAAUCCAAAGAAGAAUAAACAAAGCCAUAUACUCAAUGCAUCCAGAAAAACAUUUACUGCUUUGGCUUUUUCACAAGAUGGAAAAUACUUGGUCACUGGUGAGAGUGGUCACAUGCCGGCUGUACGCGUUUGGGAUGUGGAGGAGAAGACCCAGGUGGCUGAGGUCCAGUGCCACAAGUACGGUGUGUCCUGUGUGGCUUUCUCCGCCAAUUCCAGCUACAUCGUGUCUGUGGGCUACCAGCACGACAUGACUGUCAAUGUGUGGCAGUGGAAGAAAGGCACAGUAAUUGCUUCAAACAAAGUCUCCAGUAAAGUGACGGCAGUGUGUUUCUCGGAGGACAGCAGCUACUUUGUGACGGUGGGGAACAGACAUGCCAAGUUCUGGUAUUUGGACGCAUCUAAAGAGCGCAGGAUAAACAGCACCGUGCCUCUGAUCGGACGCUCGGGGAUCCUCGGAGAGCAGAGGAACAAGAUGUUCUGCGGGGUGGCGUGUGGCAAGGGCAGAAUGGCCAGCAGCACCUUCUGCAUCACCAGCUCUGGGCUGCUGUGCCAGUUCAAUGAGAAUAGGCUGCUGGACACCUGGAUUGACCUGAAGGCUCCGGUUUCUAACUGCAUCGUGGCGAGUGAAGACUUUGUGUUCUGCGGCUGUGCGGACGGCACCAUCAGAGUGUUCAAUCCCCACGACCUGCAUUACAUCACCAGCCUUCCCAAGCCCCACCACCUGGGAGUGGAUGUUGCCAAGGGAACAGAGCCAGGUCACCUGUUUGACCAGAACCCAGACGCAGUGUACCCGGACGCUCUGGCCCUGGCCUUUGACCCGUCCACGCGCUGGCUGUCCUGCGUGUACAGUGACCACAGCCUCUACGUGUGGGACGUCAGGGACUUGAGGAAGGUCGGAAAGGUGAACUCCGCCCUCUACCACAGUGGCUGUGUCUGGAGUGUGGAGACAUACCCGGAGCUGGAGGAGCGUUCCCGGGCCUGCCUGCCUGCCGGCUCUUUCCUCACCUGCUCAUCGGACAACACCAUCCGACUGUGGAACAUGGACGGCAGCUCGGCCGCUACUGGGAUCAGCGUCACUGGCUUCCACAAGAACUUCUACAGCCAUAACCUGCUCAAGGUGGUGUACGUGGGAAAUAACAUCCAGCAUCUCCAGGACACUGCAGAGAAGGCAGACUGCACUGAUCUCAAGGCUGGGAUCAGGGUGCUGGCAGUCAGCCCUGAUGGGCAACACCUGGCAUCAGGGGACCGUAGUGGAAACCUCAGGAUCUAUGAUCUGCAGUUCUUGGAUGAGUUGAUGAAUGUUGAAGCUCACGAUUCAGAGGUUCUAUGUCUGGAGUACUCCAAACCAGAGACAGGAAUGAGCCUGCUGGCCACGGCUAGCCGGGAUCGCCUCAUUCACGUGCUCAAUGUGGACAAGCAGUACGGCCUGGAGCAGACCCUGGAUGACCACUCUGCCUCCAUCACGGCAGUGAAGUUCACAGGUGACGGCAGCCGUGUACGGAUGAUCAGCUGUGGUGCAGAUAAGAGUAUAUACUUCCGGACAGCAGAAAAGUCUGCAGGCGGCAUUAACUUCUCAAGAACUCACCAUGUGGUUGGAAAAACCACUCUGUACGACAUGGAUAUCGACGCAACGAGGAAAUAUGCAGCGAUCGGCUGUCAGGAUAGGAAUAUCCGGAUCUACGACAUUGACAGUGGGAAGCAGAAUAAAUGUUUUAAAGGCUCUCAGAGUGAGGACGGCACUCUCUUAAAGGUACAAAUGGACCGGUCUGGGAUGUUUCUGGCUACCAGUUCUUCAGACAAGAAUAUCUCGAUCUUUGACUUCUACACAGGGGAGUGUGUGGCCACAGUGUUUGGGCAUUCAGAGAUUGUAACCGCGAUGAGGUUUAGCAAUGAUUGCAAACACUUGAUCACAGUUUCUGGUGACAGCUGUGUGUUUAUCUGGAGGCUGAACUCCCAAAUGACCAACUGUAUGAGGAAACGGCUUGCUGAGAUCAAGCAGGUCUGUGGCCAGCAGAGGGCACUGCAACAGCAUGCUCAGAUCAGGAGGGAGACUUACAUCACAGUACCCCAUGGAGGGGCUACAGAUGAGGAGGAGGAGGAGGAUGGCAGAGAGGAGGACUUGGAGGAAGAAGUCUCCUUACAGACCCCUGUCAAGGACUCCUCCAAUCAGGAUUUGAUGGACCCCAUCUUCCUUCAGACCAAUGGGAGACUUCCACUCUGGGCAAAGAGAAUGGUUGAGAACCCUGAGGAUGAUGGACGGGAGCGUCGCCAUAGUAACCAGUACCAGCCGCAGGGGCGCUGGGCGGAGCGAGCCAAUCAGGAGCAGAUCAAAACCCUGCUGGACACCCGCUACCUGCAGAUGUGCCUGACCCCCAGCCCCCAGAGAGAAGGCUUUGAACCCCAGAGCCUGGACAGUCUGCUGGGACAGGAGGAGGACGACGACGAGAUGAUGAUGGAAGAGGAGUUUGUCCAUGAGCACCAGCUUAGCCAGCCGUUAGCUCGGCCACGCUUUCUGCAGCUCACUGACCCGGAGGAGAUCUUCGGACAGGACCUGGACUCCCCAGAGACCAGCGAGGACAUCCUGUACCCCGCAAACAGCACUGUUGCCUCCCUGGCAGGAGACGGUGACUUUGACGUGAAGGAGCUGUGUCGGGGCCCAUCCCACAAGGCUCGGAGGUGGGGUAGAGGGGGCAGCCAGGAGAACAGCCCCGACAGUGCCUAUUGUGUGGGGUCAGCAGGGAGCCAGGCCUCCAGCCAGGAGCAGCCCCGGGACGAUGUGGACUCCCUGAGCCAGCUGAGCUCUGCAGGCAGCUCUGGGGUGGAGGAGGAGGAAGAGGAGCCCUGCCUGUCCUGGGACACCCCCGUUAUGCUCACCCCAGACCAGGAGGAGAUGCUGUGGCACCGUUUUGACACCCUGGCAGAUGACCUCACCAACGAAAAGUUUGAUACCAACUUAAAGGACCUCAAGCCAAGUUCGGACGACAUCUUCCUUAACCCAAGACUGAGUAUUUCUGCAAGAUUCCUCUCUCGCUGCCAGAACAAACUGCGCAGGCUGGGUGCUGCCUUACCUCCCAAGAUUCUUCUCUCCGCUCUCAAGGUUCCGGAAGAGGAGCAGAGCAGCAAACCCCAUAGUGACCCCAAGAGGCAGGGGGAGGCAAUUUUAAAGACUGUUUCUGAUGAAUCUUCCUCAGAAUCUGCUGCUAAGAAGGAAUUAAAGCCCAGAGUGAGGAGGAGAAGUUCCUCAUUCAACUGUAAACCGCAGAAACCAAACCCCAAGCGAAUGACUAUCGCUGUUACCCAGAGAGAUGACCCGCAGUUGGGAGCCCUUUUCUCUGCCCAAGAUAGCAACUCCAGCCCCAGGAGACGCUCCCUGCCUUCCCACAUAAAAGAGGUUCCUGUGGCAAAGCCAGGCAGGCAGAGCUACAUGGGAACAACCGCCAGCUCCCGGGCCAAGACAGCCAUGAUGUCCCGCAGCGUCUCCAUGGGAGAGAAUCUCAACAGUAAGAGCGCCGAGGAGCAGCACGGGAGCGAGUUCUACCCCAACGGCCGUGCUACCUCUACAGUGGACCUCUCCACCAACCAACAGGAGGCGCUCUUGAGCAGGGAACAGGCCUUCAAAGAGAACCUGAACCCGGGGACCGUAUCAGGAAACCACCAGGCUCGGGCAGGCCUCCGCCUGGACCUCUCCUCCUCCUCCGAUCGUAUCCUGAUGCCCCCUCCUCCCGUCCACAAGCCCUCCCUCUCCCUCGUGACUCCCACCGAGAUGAGAUCCCUGGGGAAGGAAGGGAAGAGCUACAUAAGUGAUAUACUGGAGAGCAUCGUCCCGGCUCCCCCCAGCCCAGUAAAGAAACGGACCCCCUGUCCACCUUCUGAUCCAGAGCCCCAGCAAGUUCUCCCUGGCAGAGAGGAACCCCCUGCCUCCACCACCCAGGUAUCUGGUUCUAGUGCCGAGCUUCAGCGGCCACGAACACCAUGCCAGGAAGAGAGGAAAGAGGCUGCAGACCCAGAUUCUACUGAUGUGCCAAUGAGUAUCCAGAUCUGUAAGCAGGUUGUGAACGAGCUGCAGAACACCCUGAAGAGGGCGCUGUGUCUUUACAGCAAGGUGGUGACAUGUAACGAGAGCCCUGAACAGCAAGUCCAGAUGAAAGCUAUCCUGGCAGACGCCUUCUCCUCUGUGCAGAGAGAUAUUGACUCUGUGGAGAGUGGGAAGUCAGGCCACAGCGCCCCUCACAGGCCAGAGGCAACUCCAUCCCCCACACGGCAACUCAAAGACGAGAGGACCAUGGCUUUGCUGGAGCGCUACUCUGAAAUGCUGCUUCAAAUCACAGAGAAGAAACUGGACUCCAACUCUUAGCCUGUGCCGUGCAAGCCUGUUGCAGUGUUGUUCCGUGGACCUAAACACGUGUGUUGCACAAUAGACUGCUGCUUCCACUUUAUUUUCCUAUAAUCCUUUUUUUUUUUUUUUUUACAAUUUAAUACUUUCCCAUGAACCUUGUAGUGCAAUGUCCCUGAACCUUUUAAAAAGAUGAUGUUGGAGAAAUUCACAUUUAAGAAUCCUGUACAUUUUUUAGAUUUUUUUUUCUCAACUGCAACUACCUAAAAGCUUUCUGCUCCUGUUUUUUAAAAUUAGUGUCUAAUGUCCUCAUUUUUGGGGGCGAAGGAGAAAAUUCAGAAAACAAACCAGUGUCUUUUCUUCAAAGUGGUUUUUUUGUUUGUUUUAAUUGUACUCUUCAUUUUUAUGUAACCCACACACACUGUUCUUAACCCAUGUAUGUAUGUAUUUAUUUCAAGUGUAAAAGUGCAAUUUUUUGUGUGUGGUUAUGGGGGAAUGAGGUGUUCACUGUAGCUAAACACAUUUAAAGUGUUUAAAAAUAAAAAAUAUGGUGGCUUAUUUGAAUUGAGCUUAAGGUUUUAUCGGAGUUAUACAGACUCUUUACAUGGUAACCCAAGCUUUUGGGGGUGUACAUAGUUUCUUUUUUCACUUUGCUUUUUUAUCUAUCAAACUAUUAUAAAGAGUGAAUGCUUCUGUGUUUUUAUAAAUGCUUUUAAGCUAAAUAAACUUUUUUGGAAAGAAAA